AUGCAAUUCUGUAUACCGUGGGGGGUGCUCCUCGGCCUCUUGUCUCUCGCUUCUGCGGCUGCGACCCAGAAUGGAACCGAAGGAAUCGAUCUGUUUGAGGUCCAUCUGCCGGUCAACUGGAAGGGCGCAGUGGCCAAUGGGGUAAAGUUUGCCUUCGUCAAGGCCACGGAAGGCAUCAACUACCGAAACCUACGCUUCCCUUUCCAGAAUGCCGGCGCACGCGCAGCCGGGAUCACCCAUGGCGCAGUGCACUUCGCCGCUGCGGCAGAGAGCAGCGGAGCCGACCAAGCAGACUUCUUCAUCGAACACGGGGGGAACUGGACCGCGGAUGGACAGACGCUGCCUGGGGUGCUGGAGAUGGAGGGCAAUCUUGCGGGGAAGCUGUGCCAUGGGAUGACGCCGACCGAAAUCACCGACUGGAUGCUUGAUUUCUCUCACCGGUACAAGUUCCGGACGGGUCGCACGCCGAUCCUGUUCCUAUCGGCCGGUUGGUGGGCAAAGUGCGCUGGGAACAAUGCCACGUUUGGCGCGGAACAUGCAUUAUGGUUGGCCAACUGGGCGGAGGAAAUGGGUCCGCUGCCGGUAGGCUGGCAGGCUGCGAAGUUCUGGCAAUAUGCCGGUUGGAGUGAGAAUGGAGGAGAGGCGAAUGUGUUUUUGGGUAGUUCCAAGGACUUGGUGAAGUUGGCAAUGGGAGCUGAUGAAUGA